GGCGGCCGGGCGGGCGGCGAUUUGCAUGAAAGGCAGACUGGGAAUGAGCUGGAGCGGCCGCCUCUCCGCGCACGCAGAGCGGGGGUGGGGGCCGGAGCCGGAGGAGUCUCCGCCUCAGGGGAACGCGGGAGAAGUCGGGGCAAAGUUUGCCGCCGCCAGCCGGGGCUGCUGAGGGCGCCGCGGGGCCGGGCUCCGAGCGAAGCCAGGCGCCAGGCUCCAGCCCCGCUGCCCUCGGCCCUGUGCGCCGCCGCCCGGCGGAGGGGGGCCCAGGGGGGCGCCGCCAACUUGAGCGGGGUCUCGGGCGGGCUCGGAGCGAGGGGCCGCCCGCGGCGGGAGGCGGCAGCCGGCAGCGGCUGGGAGGGGCGCUGCCUCCCGGAGCGCCGGGCAGGGGAGCCAGCAUGUCCUCCAUCCUGCCCUUCACUCCCCCCAUCGUCAAGCGGCUGCUGGGCUGGAAGAAAGGGGAGCAGAACGGGCAGGAGGAGAAAUGGUGCGAGAAGGCGGUGAAGAGCCUGGUGAAGAAGCUGAAGAAGACGGGGCAGCUGGACGAGCUGGAGAAGGCGAUCACCACGCAGAACAUCAACACCAAGUGCAUCACCAUCCCUAGAUCACUAGAUGGCCGGUUGCAAGUCUCCCACCGUAAAGGGCUUCCCCAUGUGAUCUACUGCCGGCUAUGGCGUUGGCCAGACCUUCAUAGCCACCAUGAGCUGCGUGCCAUGGAGAUGUGCGAGUAUGCCUUUAACAUGAAGAAAGAUGAAGUCUGUGUCAACCCCUAUCACUACCAAAGAGUGGAGACUCCAGUUUUACCUCCAGUGCUGGUCCCAAGGCACACAGAGAUUCCAGCAGAGUUCCCGCCAUUAGACGAUUAUAGUCAUUCCAUUCCAGAGAACACUAACUUCCCGGCAGGUAUUGAGCCACAAAGCAACUACAUUCCAGAGACACCUCCUCCAGGUUAUCUGAGUGAGGAUGGAGAAACCAGUGACCAUCAGAUGAACCACAGCAUGGAUGCAGGUUCUCCAAAUUUAUCUCCAAAUUCUAUGUCCCCAGCACAUAAUAAUCUGGAUCUGCAGCCUGUUACCUACUGCGAGCCAGCUUUCUGGUGCUCUAUAUCCUACUAUGAACUCAACCAGCGAGUAGGGGAGACAUUCCAUGCUUCACAGCCUUCGAUGACCGUGGAUGGCUUCACCGAUCCUUCUAACUCAGAACGCUUCUGUCUUGGCUUAUUGUCUAAUGUGAACAGAAAUGCGGCAGUGGAGCUCACAAGACGACACAUUGGAAGAGGAGUUAGGCUGUACUACAUUGGAGGAGAGGUGUUUGCCGAGUGCCUUAGCGACAGUGCCAUUUUUGUCCAAUCUCCUAACUGUAACCAACGUUACGGCUGGCACCCCGCAACUGUUUGCAAGAUUCCACCAGGGUGUAACUUGAAGAUUUUUAACAACCAGGAAUUUGCAGCCCUUUUGGCUCAGUCUGUGAAUCAGGGUUUCGAGGCUGUGUAUCAGCUGACCAGAAUGUGCACAAUCCGAAUGAGCUUUGUCAAGGGCUGGGGAGCUGAAUACAGGCGGCAGACUGUGACCAGUACCCCCUGCUGGAUUGAACUGCAUCUUAAUGGCCCUUUGCAGUGGCUAGACAAGGUCCUUACACAAAUGGGUUCCCCAAGCAUUCGUUGUUCCAGUGUAUCUUAAGGAAACAUCUCCUUGGGGGGCAAAACAAGGUCUCUGGAAAAUGGAAUCAGUUUAACCCUUAGCAAAAAGCAUAAUAAAUAAAUUCUCCAUAGUAUUCACAUGAUCAGAAAAAACAUGAAUUGCAAAAACAAGAGGUUAUUUUUAAAUGAAGUGCUCAUUUUAAGCCACUUCCCUGAAACUGUGUUAGCACAUAUUAUGGGCCAUUGGAGUAAGAAUUUGAAGCUGAUGUUUUUCAUGCUAAGAACAUGGACUUCCGUUUUAGUGGAGUGAAGCAAACAUUCUGCAUUUAAAUCCUUGUUGUGCCUAUGUUGCCUCUGCUAUGUACAGCUCCAAUCACAGGGACAAUGCUUUCACCAGGUGCUCACUGGGUUGGGGGAGGUUUUCCAUUUGUGUUACAGAACUUCAGCCCAAUGCAAUGUAGCAUCUCUGUAAAGCAGAUCCCAUUGAACAUUGCUGAAAGCCCUGCUUCUGCAUUACUGUCUGACAGCCUGGCAGGCGUGUGUCUGCCCUCUCUGAAUGGGCCCACCACAG